ACCAUUUUCUUUCUUCAUUUUCUUUGUGGGGGUGUCCAAAUGGAAUUCUUGCAGCAUAUGGCAUGUAGUGUAGUUUUUGGGUAAACAUGUGCAUUCGUUCUGUCCUGAUAUGAGCAAAACAUGCAUUGGUAGAAAUUUGGAGUUACUACUUGUCGGUUUUGGUGGAAACUAGUGGUAUUUCGUGGCAUUAGGAAAUGGGGUCUAAUGUCUUCUCAUGGAUUUUUUUUUGGGGGGUUUCACAAGGGUUUAAUGAAACAUGAUUUCAAAGUGAAUCAUGGUUUGACUGAAAGCACUUAGGAUCCACAUGGGCUAAGCAGUGAUCACACUGUUUCUCCUAACUUUGAACUGGUUGUUGAUCCACUUGGUUUGUUUGCUUUAUGUUCAUAUCUUGUUAAAUAUCUAUGCUUUUUCCAAAGACUAGUUUUGGUCUACAUGUCCCCACUGAAGCUAUAGGUUUGAUUUUUGAUGAACUGAAAUUGAAGCUUCAAUACACUACAAUUGAGCUCGAGUCUGUCAAAAUGGAAGCAAGUGAGCAGAUUUGGAAAUACAGGGAGGAGGUAAAGCAUUUGCUCAAUCUUCUAAAGCUUGCGUACCAAGAAAGAGAUGAAGCAAGAGAUCAGCUGCAGAAACUACUUAACAAGUUAUUGCCUUCCAGUCCAACUGAACUGCAACCCAUCCUCCCUCAUCCCCAAUCUGAAAGUCCCCUUAUGGUUGCAGCAAAAGCAAACUCAAGCAUAACUGAAUCUAACAGUUUAUCAGACACAUAUAAUCACCACUCACAUGGCUCUUCCCAAGUGGAUUCCUUCUUCGAUGCGGUCACUUCACCAGAGUUCUCAAGCAUUAACAUGGCGGAUUCGGGUAGCCUGGGGUUUGUGAAUCAGCCCUUUGUUCAGGAGUAUAACAAUGGUUCUAUGCCAACUGGGUUAGUCUCCUCAGGGGUGACCAAGAUUGAUCCUGCUACAUCUGUAAUUGAUAAUCUUGCGAAGGGGAAACCUUUGCCUCAAAAAGGAAAGCUCUUGCAGGCUGUUAUGGAAGCAGGCCCUCUUCUUCAAACACUUCUUGUUGCCGGGCCCCUUCCUCGAUGGAGAAACCCUCCUCCUAUGCAGACUUUCAAAAUCCCCCCUGUUUCCAUCAAAGGUUGUGAUUCUGAAAGAGCUAACCAAAAACCAGGGGCCAAUCCGAAUAGGACUAUCGUUCAAAAACGAUUGAACUCAUCAUCAUAUCCUGAGAUGUCUCGUGGGUCACGUCAAAUGUGUUCAGCAGCUAUUUUGAAUUUUGCAGGUUCUGCUUCUGCGUCAGGACUGUCGAGUGCUGGUGCUGGUGUUAGCACUCAAAUCAUAGCAGGAAAGCGCCAAAGGUCUCAAUGAGUUAAAAGAAAAAACCAAAACAAGCUUUGCUUCAUUUUUGUAAAGAUUAAAUUUGAGGGGUUUUAUGGUGUAAAUUGGAUACGCUUUUUUGGGGUUUGAAUUAAAUGAUAUAGCAUAGCUGCUUCAACACUUUUUUAACUUUGGUUUAUUCUUGUA